AUGGCCGCCAACCCAUUUAGACCCUACUUGAAGCUCACAACAGACAUAAACCUUGCGCAAGACUACACCCGUAGCCGCCGUGGCCGCCAUAAGCUGGCACAGGCUGUUAUCUUAGAAUACCACGACUUCAUCAGAAAUGAGUUCCAGCCAAACGAGGCGACCUUCAACGCUGCAACCUCGACUCACAUUCCACUUGCAAUUGGAGAAGACUGCUUGCCGCAAACGGUACUGAACUGCUCCAAGGCACGCCUCUUUAUCACAGGUGAUUCCCCGCUCACAUACGCCUUAAAUUACAGGAUCAAGACCACCACUGCUGGUUUGCUGGCUGCUGAUUUCUGUGUGAAGAACGGAAGAGGGUCAUACCAACGACAUGACAACGAAGACCAAAAAGCGGAGGAGCAAGCAACACAAAUCUGCCACCAAAACGCGUGUAACAACUGUGCAAGCAUUCAGCAACACUCUUCGAUAUCGGCCAAAGCCUUAACUGGAUUCGAUGUCGCAGCAACCGUUUUCUGGGAUGACAAGACGCUCUCGUGUCUCAUUGUGCUAAAGCCAUUGCUCUAUCCAACAGCCCAAAUGAUUCCGUCACGACCUGAAAGCUUGGUAGGUCAAGAAACGCCAUUCUAG